UCCUUCUACUUCUGUUGUCAAAUAAUCUGCAGACACCGAACAUACACACAACCACCAACCACCCUAUCUGACUGACUGCCUGUCUAGUGUAUAUUGAACUGUUGCAGUGCAUCCAGCGUUUUUGACCGUGCAUUGUGCUUCCAUGCGGGGAUAGUAACGUGACCACAGCACCGUAUAGGAUACGGAGCGAUGCACUCAAAUCACCCGUUUUUCGUAUUUGUCGUUCGGGUCUUGGGGGUUUGUUUCAGUGUUUCGGCGAACAGGGGAGGAGGUUACCCUUCAUUUACUGAUGAAAUCCCAUUCAAAAUCAACUGGCCUGGUGCAGACGUCAACCUGCCUGCAUCAGGGGUUCUCUACAAAGAGGAUGACUUUGUUAUUAUGACGACGUUGGAAAAGGAGAAAUACAAAUGUUUACUGCCUUCGUUAACAGGUGGAGAUGAGAAUGACGAAAGGGAGUACAAUGGCCCUAAUCCGGAUGCUCUUCUUGAUCCGUUAUUCAAGCAGAGCAGCUGCUCAUACAGGCUUGAGUCAUACUGGACAUAUGAGGUGUGCCAUGGGAAACACGUAAGACAGUACCAUGAAGAGAAGGAGACAGGCCAGAAGACGAAUGUUCAGGAGUACUACCUCGGAAACCUGCUGAAGAAGAGCACUGAUCCUUUAACAGAAUCGGAAUCUGAAACAGGUGGGGAAUCGUCAUCUGCGAAAGAUAAAGAGGUUCUCACUAAGAACAUUGAGGGCCAGCUGACACCAUACUACCCUGUAGCGAUGUCUGACGGGACACCCUGCUCGCUGAAGCAGAACAAGCCGCGCUCCACCACUGUCCUGUACGUGUGCCAUCCCGAGGCCAAGCACGAGAUCCUCUCCAUUGCUGAGGUCACCACCUGCGAGUAUGAGGUGGUGGUGCUCACACCUCUACUCUGCUUACACCCCAAAUACAGGUUCAAGUCUUCACCAGUAAACGCCAUCUUCUGCCAGGCUCUGUCCGGCUCGCCUCUCAGGCCACAGCGCCUCUCCAAGCUGGACCAGGAGCAGCAGGACCUGCUCAAGCCCCCCUUUGGCUCCUCCACCACCGAGAAAGAGGAGGCGCCUCCUGUCCGAGAGGAGGCCUACACAUCGACCCAUAAGCCCAUGGCUGUCGGGGGGCAGUCUCAGGUGGCCGUGGGUACCACUCACAUCUCUCGGCUGACGGAUGAGCAGCUGAUUAAGGAGUUCCUUAGUGGCUCCUACUGUUUGCAUGGGGGCGUUGGGUGGUGGAAGUAUGAGUUCUGUUAUGGCAAACAUGUCCAUCAAUAUCACGAGGACAAGGAGCAGGGCAAGAGCACAGUGGUGGUGGGGAACUGGAACCCUGAGGAACAUCUGGACUGGGCAAAGAAGAAUGCUGCACGCUCCUAUCUGCUGAAGGAAGAAGGCCUGCAGAAAGUCAAAGCCGUCUCACACUUCUAUGGGCAUGGGGAUGUGUGUGACCUGACUGGGAAGCCAAGACAGGUCAUUGUAAAGCUUAAGUGCAAAGAGUCAGAAUCUCCCCACGCUGUCACGGUGUACUUGUUGGAGCCAAACACCUGUCAAUACAUACUUGGGGUGGAGUCCCCAGUUAUUUGCAAGAUCCUGGAUACUGCUGAUGACAAUGGCCUGCUGUCUCUUCCAAGCUAACAAACAGCGAAUAGGAAGAGACUUUAGACUUAUGUUACCAUGGACACGGAUAGAUGGAGAAGAAGAAUGUUCUGAAGGAGUGUUACUGAAAUGGAGUACUCAGGCUUUAUCUAGGCCUGGCUGAAACGCUCAAGAGAAGAAAGGAGAGGAGAGAAGUGGAACAGAGGUGGUGUGAACUAGCCAAACUGGCCUUAAUGAAACAGCACCACUUUUUUCGGAUUGUGUGCUCUCAUCCCUCCCCAGGCAGGCAGCCGUGUGUGUGUGUGUGUGUGUGUGUGCCUGCCUGUGUGCGUGCGUACGUGUGUGUGUGUGUGUGUGUGUGUGUGUGCAUAAGUAACAAUAUGGCAGUUGAUAAGUCUUCAUCCAAAUGGACAUGAUGCUUCAUGUUAUAACAACUGCCACUGUGGCUAACCGGAAAAAUACCUUCCAUAUCACCAGUAACAUUUCCAUCGGGUUAAUUAAGUUUGAGGCUCACUGAGACAAAGAAAAGGCUUCUGGUAGGUCUUACAGGAAGUAACCAGAGCAGCACUGUUGUUUCUCCUUUUGCUGUUCCAAUCCUUUCUUAACUUAUUUAGCAAAUUUCUGUUGAUUUAAAAGCUUAACAUCAGCAUUUGCACUUAUUUUUUAUCAAUUUAAAAUCAUUAAAUGAAGAUGGAUGAAUUUUUUUUCCCGCAGUAAGAACUGAAGACCGCUUAAAAUUCUGUGUUUGCAAGAAAUGCUAUGAACACUGAGGUAACAAAGUAUAUCCAGGGGUAUCAGCAUGGUUGGUUUUUAAAUGUAGGUUGUUUUUUUAUUGUAAAAAAAUAUAUUGGUUUUGUAGGUGAUGUCCUACCUAAGGAAAAACAGAUAAACCACUGGAGUUUCAGGCAGUGGUAGUUACACUGGGAUUAUUACUAUGGUGUAGGUGAUGCAAAGAUGUACAAACAAAAUAAAUUGAUGAAUAAAUAUGAUUUAAUGUACCUCA